AUGUGGCGGGAGGCGCUCUCAGCACUCGGGAAGAUGCAGGUCGUAGAGAUGCUCGGCGUGAUGAUAUUGCCGAGCAUGGUUGUUUGGAACAGCGCUGUCAGUGCUUGCGCUCGUGCGGGGCAGUGGCAGCGAGCUUUUCGUCUUCUGGGAGACCUCGAAGGCAUGUCUCUGGAAGCUGAUGUGGUGACCUACAGCUCUGUCAUCAAAGCUUGCGACAUGUCCAGCCAGUGGCGGUUGGCUCUUACUUUGCUCGGGUCGCUGCGACGGCAGGACAUCAGAGCCAACCUGGUCACCUUCAACACAACCAUUACUGCUUGCGUAUCCGACUACUGGGACCUGGCCGUUCACAUGCUACAGGACUUAGUCGCUCAAGCAAUGUGUCCGGACCCCUUCAGUUUGACAACGGCUCUAGAUGCCUGUGGCGUGGCAGAGGACUGGCUCUUGGCCCUGACCUGCAUGGAAGGAAAGAUUCAGGCAACAACUGCUUGCUGGAAUGCCAUGAUCAAGACAGCUGCUGGGGCCGACGGAUGGACGAUGGGAGUGCACCUGUUGCAGCAGAUGCCGGCAGACCAGCUACAGCCGAACAUCAUGACUUUGGGCAGCGCGUUGAAGGCUGCGGAGCGGGCCUCAGAGUGGGGCAUGGCCCUCCUCCUUGCUGCCAGCAUUCCGCAGAGGCGGCUGAGAGGGAAUGUCAUCACCGACAACUCCCUGCUCAGUGCCCUGUCGCAGGCUUCGAAGUGGCAGGCGGCGCUGCACCUGCUAGACUCGAUGGCUGCCCAGUGCCAGCCCGACGCCGUCAGCUACAACACGACCAUCACCGCUUGCACUCGUGCGACGCACAGCAAGCAUGCCAUGGAGCUCCUGUCAUCCAUGGAGCAACGCAGUCUGGAGCGAAGUGCCAUCAGCUUCAACUCGGCCGUGCGUGCUUUUGCGGACGGCCGUUGGACCUCCUCCCUGGAGCUGCUGCGCCUAGACUAA